GGUGGCAGUCCAUGCUUAUACUCCGGUUCGUCUGUUAGUCGUGAAGUGUAAUUCAAAUAGUGCACAACUCUCUCAAAUAGUGCUCUUAUUCCCACGAGAAUUUUUCAUUUUGUCACGAAUCUCUUUUCGAAUUCUGAAAAAUUCUCUCGUUCUUGCCAGGCACACAACGAAUUAAUUACGACUUGUUCGCGUUUAAAUAGUAUUGCGUGUAUCUUCACUGUAAAUACUUCCUGGAACCAGGUGAAUCUGUGACAAAAUGGUCGCAGAUCAAGCAAAGAAUAAAGUGAACUUUACGAUCGAGAACAAUGUUCACAAGGGACCAAUACAACCGUAUUCGGGUAGCUUCAAGAGCAUCGGAGAGAUGUUUUGGAAAAAAAUUAACAACUUUAACGACAAAAUCGCACAGUUGGAUGCACGCACGGGCGAAUCGGUCACUUACAAGGAAUUUCAAAAGAAAAUUGCGAAAUGCGCUUUGUGGCUACAGGAAGAGGGAAUUAAGCCAGGCGACGUUAUCAGCGUGUGCACGCACAAUCACGUGAAUGCCUUUGUGCCGUGUGUGGCAGCAACUUAUAUCAACAUUAUCUUCAAUCCAUGGGACGACGAGAUGAACUUACAGACCGCGCUGCACGUGCUGCAGUUGACCAUGCCGAAAAUAAUCUUCUGCAACGAGCGUUCCGUAAACGUGGUGCUGCAAGCGAUACACGAGAAUAAAUAUAAUGCCAAGUUGGUGGUCUUCGGCAAACAUCCCAAUGUGAUCUCGUUCGCAAGCAUUUUGAGUAAAUAUAGCGACUCGCAGGCGAUGGGUUUCCGCUAUAUCGAGACCGACGAUAUUAAGAGAACGGUGUGCAUCCUGCACUCGUCUGGCACCACGGGGAUGCCGAAAGGAGUCGAGUUAUCCAAUUAUGCUAUGUUGUCGAUGAACGAGGAGAACGCGAUAGACCUGAAUAAUACGGUCGCACUCUGGUUCUCAUCGCUUUAUUGGGUCAGUGGAACGUUGCUUAACUCGAAAGCAAUUAAUCAAGGUGCCAAGAUAAUCAUCUAUCCGGAAUUCGAUGAAGAAAUGACAUGUAUCUUAAUCGAUAAGUACAAGGUAACAUGGCUUUUUAUAAGCACAAGCAUGACAAAUCGGUUUCUUAAAGCUGGUCACGUGAAGAAUUAUUCCUUAUCGUCUUUGAAAAUAAUCUUUUGUGGCGGUGCUAUCCUCAAGAUGGAGUCACAGAAGGAAUUACAACGUGUUUUACCGCACGUUGAGGUUUUGCAGGCUUAUGGGAUGACGGAAAUGGGAGGAAUAGUAACGUGUCAGAUGCCGUACCAUAAGUGCGGUUCUUGUGGAACGCCGACGCGAAAUGUGCAAAUAAAGAUAAUAGAUCCGACUACUGGAAAAGCUGUCGGACCGAAUGAAACGGGAGAGCUGUGGGCGAAAUCGCCGAACAUGAUGAACGGUUAUUAUAAAAAUCCCGAGGCAACCAACAGCACUGUUGAUAAAGAAGGAUGGCUGCAUUCGGGUGAUCUCUGCUAUUUCGACGAGGAUGGCGAAUUGUUUGUGAUUGACAGAUUGAAAGAGCUUAUAAAGUAUAGAGGACAUCAGAUCUCACCCGGAGAGAUAGAAACUGUCCUAAUGUCACAUCCAGCAGUGUUAGAGGUCGCAGUGGUGGCAGUGCCUCAUUCAACAGAUGACGAACAUCCUAUAGCUUACGCCACCAGGAAGUCCGGUUUCAAGAUAACGGAGCAAGAACUGAUCGAGUUUGUGGCAAAUAAUAUGAUGGAUCACUUUAAACUACGUGCUGGCGUGGUGUUCUUGGAUAAUUUUCCUUACACAGGAUCCGGCAAAAUUGCGAGAAAAGAAUUGAAGGCAAUGGCUAAGAAACUAGAAAUGAAGUAAAGUACUACGAAGUUAUAUUUAUAUUUCCAAAGCAAUAGAUAUUUGUAUGACUAGAGUGGGAACAUAAGUGUUAAUUUUAUUUUUGGAAAUUGAUUUUUUAUUUAUAUGUAUAUAUACAUUUAUCGUUUUAUUAACAUUAUUUUAUUUUCUUAAUUUUAAUGUUUUAAUAUUAACAAUAAGAAAUCUAGAAGUGUUUCUCAGCGAGCUUUCGACUUGUAUGAAAACUACCUUGAACUUGUAUCUUGAACUUUAACUUUAUUGUGUUGUACAGUAGCAGAAGCUAAGAGAAAUAUAUUUUUUUAUAAUUG